AUGCUUGCUUAUCAUGCUUAUCAGAAGUCCCUCCUAACAGUAUUUGAACAAUUCGACAAUGUUACCGAUCGUCAACAGAUACUAAACAUGGUGUUUAGAAUGAAGGAUGUCACGCCAGAUGGCCCCAUCGUCUAUUACGAGACCAUCUACAAGUUGUUAAAGAUACUCUAUGGACGCGGUCACAAAAAGGAUGGCGACUCACGCGACGCGUCCAACAACGACCCUUCAGCUGAUGCCACCACUUGCUCAAACAACGACAGUCACUCACUCGUGGUUUCAAUCACCGUGGACUUCAUCCAACAUAUACGCUCAUCAGGUAGCUGCCGUAGCUCAACCAAGUCUAGCUGUCUCAUUGACAGCUCCCACCCAUACGUCUUCUCAAUCCUGUACAAGUUGCUACAGCUACUCUACUCUCACAAUGGCAACUUGGGUGGCGCUGGCGCACAUCCUCACAUCGACUCUAUCAACAACCUGUUCUCAUCGACUCAUCAGCUGGGCAACUUCUAUCUGGACAUCUUUCGUCACUGCCUCAUGGAAGACCCAUCACAGCAACAGUUGACCACUGCGCCAGACAGGUCGGCAGCCUACGUCAUCAUACUCAAAGUGCUCAAGAUCUUCACAAUGUUCAACAAGGCCAAUAGUCAUAUCAUUACUGAGUACCUACGCGUUGUAUCCUACUUUAGUAACCUAUUCAACAACAGCGACAUUAGUACUCUUGCUCGCAACUCAACAACAACAACCACAUCCUCUGGCGACUCGCCAACUACCAGUAGCUAUGGUAGUGGCGACGUGGCUAAUGUAUUUCUUCAUUCUCGCGGCACCUCUACAAUCAUAUUAUCACGCUUCUAUAAACUGGUACUGGAGGUCAUAAACACAUUACUAUCCAAUGGACAAGACUCCCGGCCAUAUAUAUCAACACUUCUCGAACUACUUGGUGACGACGCCAAUGCAUUAAUUCGUCGCUUUAGUAUCCGACGACAUGCACAUCUCUUUGGCGAGCAUCUAGACAUUGAGGCCAUCGACACCAUGGAGACCCUAUUAUCUAUUCAUAACUCAAUUGAGAGGCUAAACACAAACAAUGUUGUUUUGAAGACAUUGUCCAGGACAGUUCAUCCGCAUCUAGUGUUCCAAUACUUUAUGGAGCAUAUAUGUUCAUUCGAUUAUACCAUGUUGAUUGACUUGUUAAUAUCUAGCGAGUCGACUCAAUUCCUUUCCUACUUUUUAAAAUACCUUAAUUAUAUAGUUACAAAUCCUACCUCUUUCCAGUUGUUCCCAGUACGACCCGACACCAAUAUGGAUGAAGACGAUACCGGCAGUGUUAGCGAAGAUGACAAUGAUAACUAUGACAUCGAACAAGUUGUAGACAAUAGAUUCAACAACACCAACAAAGAUACCAAGAACAACAACAAAGUGGACGAGGAGGAUGAGGUGGACUCAGUCUCCAGCGACACUGAAUACGAUUACUACUUGAUAUCAAGAAGUCUACAUAAGCUAACUCAGACAAUCAGCAAAUCACACCAGAACAAUGUUUUCCCUUACAAUCCAUCAUUGCUACUCUACCGACUUGAGCGAGCACUUAUAAUAAUCGAUAAUAGACUUCAACAUCAUCAACAACAAGGACAACAACAACAACCUCAACAAAAAUCAUCAUCAACUACCUAUUCUCACCAGACACACAAGUUGUCAAAGAAUGAAUGUGAGUAG